GUAAAACUACAGAUGAAGCAAAUCUAUUGAGUAUACUUUGCAAUAAAAAUGUGUGGCAGAAGCUCCUGAGAGCCUCAAUUUUUGAGAGUUUGCUUCCUUCAAGCAUGUCCUCAACCAUGCUUUUCACCACCCCACAACCGCCGACAUCCUCCAUAAACCGUAGCACCCUCUCAUUCACCGCCGCCGUCACCAACUUCCCACCAUCACCAGACAAGCUAGCUAUUCUCUUAGAUAAAUCCAACUCAAUUAAUCAAUUACUCCAAAUCCACGCAGCUCUCCUCCGCCACGGCCUUCAUCAACACCCAAUCCUCAAUUUCAAGCUUCAACGCUCUUACUCUUCGCAAGGCCGUCUCGACUACUCUCUCGCUCUCUUCAACCGAACUCUCAACCCCAAUAUAUUUUUCUACACUUCUAUCAUUAACGGCCACGCCCUUCAUGGUCUCUCCCAAGAAGCUCUGUUUAUAUAUACCCAAAUGUUAUAUGAAGGUGUUCAGCCUAAUGAGUUUAGUUUCUCAUCAAUACUGAAAUCUUGUUCUCUUGAACAUGGAAAAAUGAUUCAUUCGCAAGUUAUCAAACUCGGGUUUGAUUCGGAUUUGUAUGUAAAGACGGGUCUAGUUGAUGUUUACGCCCGAGGGGGUGACGUUGGGUCUGCCCGUCUCGUGUUCGAGAAAAUGCCGGAAAAGAGUUUAGUUUCUUUGACCACGAUGCUAACUUGUUACGCGAAACACGGGGAGCUCAAGGAAGCGAGGUUGCUGUUUGAUGGAAUGGUGAAGAAGGAUGAGGUAUGUUGGAAUGUGAUGAUCGAUGGGUAUGCUCAGUAUGGAAUGCCUAAUGAAGCAUUGGUGCUUUUCAGGCGAAUGCUAGCAGCCAAAGCUAGGCCUAACGAAAUCACUAUACUAGCUGUUUUAUCUGCUUGUGGGCAGCUUGGAGCUUUGGAGUCUGGCAGAUGGCUUCAUUCGUUUGUAGAUAAUAAUGAUAUUCAAGUGAAUGUUCGUCUUGCUACCGCUUUGAUUGAUAUGUACAGCAAAUGUGGGAGCUUGGAGGAUGCAAGAUUAAUGUUCGAUAAGAUUUCCGAUAAGGAUGUUGUUGCAUGGAAUUCAAUGAUUAUAGGGUAUGCCUUACAUGGGUUAAGCCAAGAUGCGUUAGAGUUGUUUAAUGAAAUGUGUAGGAUCGGAUUGCGCCCUACUGAUAUUACAUUCAUCGGUGUCUUGGGUGCAUGUGGUCACUCCGGUUUGGUCGAAGAUGGAUGGAGUCUUUUCAAGGCAAUGAGAGAUGAAUAUGAGAUUGAACCAAAGAUUGAACAUUAUGGAUGUAUGCUAAACCUUCUCGGUCGUGCUGGUCGAUUGGAAGAUGCAUAUGAGCUUAUGAAGAACAUGAAGGUAGAGCCUGAUCCGAUCUUGUGGGGAGCAUUGCUUGGGGCAUGUAGAUUACAUGGUAAUCUUGAAUUGGGAGAGAAAAUUGCAGAGUAUCUUGUCAGCCACAAUCUUGCUAAUUCAGGGACUUAUAUUCUUCUUUCGAACAUGUAUGCUGCGAAAGGCAAUUGGGAAGAAGUAGCAAGGAUAAGGACUUUGAUGAAAGACAGUGGGGUACAGAAGGAGCCUGGUUGUAGCUUGAUCGAAGUGAACAAUAGGGUUCAUGAGUUCCUUGCUGGGGACUUGAAACACCCCAAAACAGAAGAGAUAUAUCAGAUGUUAGAGGAAAUGAAUGGUUGGCUCAAAGCUCAUGGUUACACCCCACAAACAGAGAUUGUGCUACAUGACAUAGCGGAUGAACAGAAAGAGCAGUCACUUGAAGUUCACAGUGAGAAGCUGGCGCUUGCAUAUGGUCUUAUCAGCACUCAACCAGGAACCCCUAUCAAGAUAGUAAAAAACCUCCGGGUGUGCUCCGAUUGCCAUGCGGCAACCAAGUUGAUCUCCAAAAUCACCGGACGUAAAAUUGUAAUGAGGGAUCGGAAUCGGUUCCACCAUUUUGUGAAUGGUUCAUGUUCUUGCGGUGAUUACUGGUGAUCUAUAUGAAAAGUUGAUGUGUAAUCCCAAUUGAGUCACGAACAUUAUAGUAAAUAUAUAGGUAUUAAUAUCACUGCUGAUAACAGUUCAAAACGUGAUAAUGGAGUUUUGUCCUUUCUGUAAGU